AUGGCAGUAGAAUCCGUGAAAAGGAUUGGGAAUCCCUCAUUUGGGGAGAAAUUAGCUGAGCCGGAUCCGCCUAUCCGCCGAAUUGGACAGACCGGUGCACUUGCUCGCGAAUUCAGCAUUGCCCCCGGGUGGAUAAUCCCUGCAGACCAGUUCAAGGAGGGAGACCAGAGAACAGGACCGGCACAAGCUAAGAGGAAUGUACGAUUGUCGAAGAUGCCUGCCGCUUCCACCACCCUACAAAUUCUUUGA